UCUCUAGAAAACAAGAAAGUGGUAAUAUUUGAUGACUCAACUUAAUAAUAUUUAAACGCAUCUUUUGAGAGGAAUUAUUUGGUUUGUUAUGAUUAUGAUACGGUAAUUUAGAUUAAUUACAAGUGGCAAAAUGGUAGGAAGAAUCGAAUUACAAGAGUGUCUCCGCGAUUCUCCAAAAUUCAGAGGAUUGUUGGAGGCGGAGGAAGCAAGCGUAGAUCAGCUAGAAAGCAAGCUAGAAAAAAUAUUAAAAGUAUGUGGAUCUAUGGUGGAUUCCGGAAAAACAUAUGUCGGACAACAAAGCCUAUUUGCGAACAGUUUAUGGGAUUUGAGCACCCAUUUCAAGGAGGAUCCAAUGGUUUUGUCAUCUUUGAAUAAAUUAAUUCACAGCCUUCAGGAAAUGAACAAAUUUCACACAAUUUUGUUAGAUCAAGCUUCCAGAACAAUUUUGAAGAAUCUUACGUCGUUUAUAAAAAAUGAUAUUAAAGGUGUUAGAGACUAUAAACAACAUUUUGAAAAAAUCUCUACAGAAUAUGACAACAUUUUGCUAAGAAAUUCUCACACCCCUCGCAGUAAACCACAGGAAGUCGAAGAAAUACAAAAUGUUUUGGUAGCUGUUAGGUCGUGUUUUGGUCAUAACACUUUGGAUUACAUUAACAGUAUAAGUGUGCUGCAAUCGAAAAAGAGACACGAGAUAUUAAGCACGUUACUGUCUUAUAUGCACGCCUGCACAACGUAUUAUCAUCAAGGUUCGGAUUUGUGUGCCGAUUUGGAAACGUUUUUUAAAACGUUGGCUGACGAAAUAGGAACAAUGAGAGGCGAAACUUACAAAGUACAAAAGGAACUCGAAAAUACUCAUUCCGUAGUGUCGAAUUUCGAACCAAUUUCAAUAAAAAAAGAGAAAAAUGGCCCAACAAUGGAGGGUUAUUUAUUUAAAAGAACAUCAAACGCUUUUAAGACUUGGAAUAGAAGAUGGUUUUAUUUGUAUGAUAAUAAGUUAGUCUAUAGGAAGAGGUCUGGUGAAGAACACGAAACAAUCAUGGAGGAUGACUUGAGAAUAUGUACUGUCAAGCCUGUAUUGGAUGGUGAAAGACGGUUUUGUUUUGAAGUUUUGUCUCCUCUGAAAAGCCAUAUGUUGCAAGCCGAUACGAAAGAAAUGUAUGAUUGUUGGAUAACAGCCUUACAAAAAGGAAUUGGUGCCGCUAUUCAACGGAUUCAAAGUAUCGAUUUUGAUCGUUUAAAACUUGGAGAUAACAACAUCACAUAUUCCAAUGAUAUCACUGGUAGGGGCCAAAGUAGACAACUUUAUAGUGACAAUAAUAACCGUACUAAAAAGAGGAUGUGGGAGCAGUUAUUAAAAAUACCCGGUAACAAUUAUUGCUGUGAUUGUAGAAGUGCCAAUCCUAGAUGGGCUAGUAUUAACCUAGGAAUAACUUUAUGUAUAGAGUGUUCUGGUGUCCACAGAAGUUUAGGAGUACAUUACAGUAAAGUACGAUCAUUAACUCUAGACGAUUGGGAACCGGAAAUUAUUAAAGUAAUGGUAGAAUUGGGCAAUGCUGUAGUAAACAAAAUAUACGAGGCCACCAUGCCUGAUGAUGUUGUACGUCCUUCAGAACAAUGUCCAGGGGCCAUUAGAGAAACUUUCAUAAAAGCCAAAUACGUAGACAAAAAAUACGUAAAAUCUCUACCGCAAUUUAACAAAACAUCACCGUCGUCUAUAAGAAAUUCACGUCCAUCUAGUUUGAUGGACGUGAGAAAGUGGAGUGUUCGAAAAAUAAGAAGAAGACCGAGAAGCUGCGAUAAGAGAGAUCGAAAACAUGUUAAAGUUGAAGAGGUGACUAAGAAAAUAGAAAAAAUCGCAGAAAUUGGUGAAACAAGCAGUAGCAGCGGAAGAGAAGAAGAUACAAACAGCGAAUCUUCAAAAAGAAGCAGUUUAAAGAAACGAAAUAGUAUCUUGCUGUUCGGAAGCGAUCUUGACAAACAGCCGAUAGACGGACCCAUAGAUUUAAGCAGCGAUCAGGAAUCUACGGGGGGAGAGGAAGAAAACGAGACUGUCGGCGAAGAAGAUAUCUCUAAGCUGCAACCAGACUUGUUGCUUUAUAAAGCCGCUGCUGCUCAUAAUUUACCGGUCAUGUGCGAAGCUUUAGCUCUAGGUGGCGAUAAAUGUUGGAUAAAUCCAGAAGAUAGGAGUAGAAGUCCGCUUCACGCUGCCGUUUUUAGUGGAUCUGUGAUGCCAUGUGCCUAUUUAAUUCUUAAUGGGGUGAAAAUAAAUGCUCAAGAUCAAGACGGAAAAACGCCUUUACACAUUGCCACUCAAGAAGGUCAUACAGCGCAAGUUUGUUUGUUCUUAAAACAUCGAGCAGAUCAGCACCUGGAAGACGAUGAGGGAAAAGUACCGCUCUCUAUAGCCGAACAAAAAGAACAUGCUGAUAUUGUUACAUUAUUGAGGUUAGGAAGACUAAACGAUGAAAUGAAAGAUUCUGAAAUAGGCGUGACAGGCGACGAUACCUUCAAUGAAGUAGUCAGGGACUUUUCUAGGUUAGCUUGUUCGCAUCCGGAAAAAUUGCAAAGGCCAAAAAUCGAAGAAGACAGAAGUGAUAGGAGCGAUUAGCAUUUUAAUUUAACAUUAUAAAACUACUGAAUAAGUGUCACUCAUGCCAAGUUUUAGAAUUAGUAAUUGUGGAUCAAAACGUGGUUUGGAGUCAAGAAAAUUAUACAGAUGAUAUAUUUUUUAACUGUGUAUAGAAGUCAUUAAAAUAAACAACUUUUUUAAAUGGACCUCUGAUUCUGACACCGUGGUGUCAACAUUAAAAUGGCAGUCUCAGAAUCGGGAGUCACGUGUGUAUGUGUUCUCGUAAAAAUCUUUAAUAAGAAUGGCCAUCGAAAAAUGAAUUUUGUUUUAAUGUGAUUAGUUUUUUGAUAUCAAGAAUAGUAUGAUAAUAUUUUUAAAAUCGAAGAAUAUAAAUUUUGUCACAUGGUGUGAUGAACAUUGGGAGAAGUGUUGUCUUAGAGACAGAUGCGUGAGAGCGCAGCUUGUUCCAUAAUUGAAAAACAUUUACAAAUGGUGCUGGGUAAAUAAUUCUGAAGAUUGAGCCCAAAUAAAAAUAAAGAAGAAGAUCAAAUAACUUUUUCAUAAAAACUUACAUUAAAAUGCAUCCAAUACGGUCCUUUAAAUAAUAUGUUCAAAGUUUUCACCAUUCCCUGAAGUGCUGAAACAUACGAUAAACCAUUAACUGUUUAUUCUGUUCAACAUAUUCAUUGUUUUCAUGUAAACAUUCUACUAAACAGUGAACAACCGAGUAAUUUAUAAUAUAUAAGCAUGCGAUUCACGAUAAAAACCAGACAAAGAUAAUUUUUGAUACACAAAUCCAGGCCCUGAUUAUUUUUAAUUCCCUCUUUUUUAUUUCUGAGUUUUAAAAAAAAGUUAUUUAAAAAAGAUGUUUAAAGACUUCUAUACAGUGUCAAAAAAGUAUCAAUGUGGGAUUAAAACUGUAUCAAUUGUUUAAAAUUAAUUGUUAAAUUUACACUUUUGUUUUAGAAGUGGGUCGAUUUGCCAUUUUACUGAAUUGAAGGGGGGUUAAACAGAUCCACUCACAUGAGUUGAUACGUAUGUUUUUUGAUCCACUAGAAUGGUAUUGUAAAGAUGCCUUUAUGUAUUUAAAGAAGCAUACUAGUCUUUGUACAACGAAAUUAAAAAAGACAAGUUUACAAUAAUUAGGAAAACUUUGUUAAUAAUGCAUUUUUAAAAUUGAAUAAUUAUUAUGCAUUUAUUAUUUUUUAUUGAUUUGGUUUUAAUCAAUUUGCCAGUUUAUAUUUAAAAAAUGAGCUUUGUUUUAACACAUUUACAAUUUGUUGCUCGUAUAUAAUAUGUUCUAAUUUUAAUAGUUCUAAAAAUUAGAAUCUAAAGAAAAUAUAAUAAUAGUUUUAUUUUUUUUUUAAUAAAUAUUUACCAAAACACAAAAAAAAGUUACAUGAAUACAAUGAAAAAAGUUCUGCUACUGGAGUAGAAUAGAAACAAACACAAAUAUAUUGUACUGUAUAAAUGUGACUUAUAAUUUUAAAACGUUAAAAGUAUAUUAAUCGUUUAUUUAAACAAAUAAGUUAGAUUGUGAUUUACUAUUUACAUCAAUUAUGUAAUUGUUUUAAGAUUUCUAAGACACAUUGUAAAAAUUAGACUGAUUUGUAGCCUCUUUUUUACAGAAUAGUUUCGAUAUUUUCAUUGACAUUUUUAUUCACUAUUAUGUAAGUCUCAAAUGCCAAAUUUUAGAAUCAUAACUUUCAUAUCGAACUGUUUAUCAUCAAGGAAAUGUCAAAUGUCUGAAAAUGUCGAAAUGCCAUUAAUAGAUGUUAUUUAUUUUUGUUUUUUAAGACGUUAAUAAGUACCAAAAUUUUAUUUAUAAAUAAAAGGAAUCUCAAUAAAAAUAUAUUGCAAAUUUAUUUUAUUUAUCAUGAUCUAUAACAGCCAUAAUAAU